CGCUAAGCCAAGACAAUUGCCGGAGUCUUCGAAUAACAGCGCGAGUUGAAGAGAAAAUACAAUAUCCUUCUUUUGCGGUCUCUUUAACACACUUAAUUUUUGGCAAAAUCUACAUUUUUCCAUAUCGUCAUUCAGAUCAGCAGCAAACCAAUUGAACGGUUUAUUCGUUUUAUGCGUGGUGUCGAUGAUUUUCGUUGUACAGUUCCUGUUUUGCGCGGCGAAAAUCUUUUCAGUUACCGUCAAAACGCUCAACUCUUCUCUGUGUGACUUGGGGCUGAUCAACUGAGCAUGCGUCGUGAAGAGCCCGGAGGUGUAUACGUGAGGAAGAAAACUCAAAGCGACUUCGAUAACACGUUGGAGGGAUGCAGAGGUUUUAGUCCUUAAGAGGCGACUCAUAGGACGCUAGCAGUUUUUAACUUUUAAAAUUAUUGCCGUAAUUAUCAAGGGCGAGAAGUGAUUGAGCCCGGCCACGAAGUACCAAACAAGAAAGCUUUGUCACACAAAUUGUAGACCCUGGAUUGAAGUUUUACAAGAGGCUUAACUCGAGAUGGGAUCAGUGAACCAUGAACUACAGUUUCUUCGGAACAACCAGUUUUCAGGGGAUUUGGAGAAUUCAGAAGUCCAAGCACUACGAAAGGAACGGCAGAUAUCGCGAAAGAUUUUGGUGUUUGCCUGCACCGUGGCAGUUACCGGAUUUGUUUGCCUGGUCAUCGGCAUUGCUUUGCUUCGAAUGAACAGGCUCGAUGAGCAUAUUUCUACGAAGCCCGACAACAAUUGUGCCUCAAAUGGAGGUGAGACGAGCGUCAUAACAAAAACGACGAAUUUCACGCAGAGUUGCAGUUAUUCCGAAGAGUUUAAGAAAUCAGGCCUCCUAAAAUUUGUAAACAAAUUGAAAGAAACGUUUUACAAGCUGCAUCCUUAUGAAGUACCUUACAAGCCACGAGUAUCGACGGAUGAAGUCAGAAAGAACUUCAAAGCAUUUAAUCCGAUUCCUUCCAGUAUAAAGGACAUCACGGACACAUCAAGGUCAUUAUUACAAGAGCUCAGUAAACUACAUAUUAACAUUGGGCUGCUGAAGACGAGAGAAGCAAAAGCACUGGCUGAGAUGAAACAUUUCCUAGCGCAUAAUUUUGGCAAUGUUUAUAAUUUUGAUUAUUAUUCAGGUCAGUGGAUGCUCGGCCCAAACAGAUUUUGUUACGUGGAUGUCAUUGCCAGACUACCAUAUCACUUUCGUAUGUUCUUGAAAAAGUUGUCCCCAUCAACAAUAGAAGAUAUGCAGACCAUCAUUGAAGUUCUAAAAGGCUUUGGAAGAGGAAUUGAGCAGUACAGAGAGAACAUCGAACGUGGAGUCAGAACUGGAAUGGUAGGCUCUGUCGAAGAGUGUCGAGUGGGACUGGAUUGUUUAACCCAGAUGUAUCCGAAAAUUGGGGACAGUCUACGGGAAGAAGACAUCAUGAUGGAAUCAUUCUCAGAUCCAUUUCUGACGUAUAGGUUUUACCAAAGAUUUCAGAAGGUGGAAGGGCUGUGGUCACGGAGAGAAAAUGUGUCUUUAGAGUACUCGAUGGCGGACAGUUUGAUUAGUUACGUGGGCAUUCCUUUGGUGAAUUUAAUGCGAUAUCUUAAAGAGGAUCACAUGAAGCAUUGUGUGCCUAGUAACGUUUCCAGCGGACUGUUUAAUCGCCCGUUGCAUUAUGUGUACUAUAACGGGAUUGCUGAUGUUUCUAAGCCCGCGAGUAGAAAACUGCCCAGCGGUGAAAUAAUCGAUGGGAAGGCUGGGUACGAGAGAACUAUGCGAUUUUUUACAACAACAAAUCACACAGCUGAAUCUGUUUACAAACUUGGUUGGUCCUUGUUAGAGUCUAUUUAUCCUCAAGUUUUAGACAUAGCCAAGUCUGUCACGGGAUUCACAAACGAAAGUAAAGCUGUGGAGUCAUUUCGAAAGUUAGUCCAUUCACCAUCAAUGUUCUUCAAUGAGCAACCUUUCCCCAAAAACGAAUCAGACGAGAGAGCUCAUAGGAAGUGCAACAGUGAAAAAGCUGCGCGGGAAUUCUGUCCAGUGCGCUAUGCCGCUAUGCAACGAUGGUUCAAGUUUUCUCGCAGCACUCUCAGUCAAAUUGAGCCCAAGCUCUUGCAGAUGUUUCACUGGCCCCUAGGCCCCCGGAAGACCACGCCCGUUUGCCCUGUUGCCAUCGCAGUGAAUUUUAUGCCGACUUCUUCGGCACAGACUUACACUACAAGUUAUCGGACCUGCAAGAAACCGGCGUUUUUCCGAAUACCUUUCUUUCUGGACCGAAUGGGCCCAAAGUAUUCCGAGUGGACGACGAGUGCUCACGAAGCCAGGCCUGGUCACCACCUACAGUCUCAAGGUUACGUGGAAAAUUUUCUGGACUGGUGCGGCCCAGUAGUAAGUGUCUUGAUCAAGAGCAGAUAUAUUGCUUACUCUGAGGGGUGGGCACUUUAUGCCGAGAAUCCUCUUGUUGCUAAGGAAACGGAUGUUUACAACGACAAUCCACUGAGACGAUAUGGAAUGCUGAAAUGGCAAGUAUGGCGGGCUUUGCGUCUGAUCGUCGACACAGGUCUACAUUUCAUGGGCAUGACACGUGAUCAAGCCAUUCAGCUGUUUAGCGACUACGCUUGGGACGACACAGAUGUGGCUCUGAAGGAAGUGACACGAUACCAGAGCGGUCCUGGGCAAGCGACUGCGUACAUGAUAGGCCAGCAGGCUUUUAUAGACAUGCGAGAAAACGCCCAGAAGAAACUGGGGUCAAAGUUUGACAUACGGGACUUCCACUUUUACUUGUUAUCGCAGGGGCCUGCGCCCCUUGAUUACGUGGCUAAACAAAUUAACAAUUACGUGGAGUGCACCUUAAAUGGAACCUCUCCUGGUUGUGAACAGUUUCAAACAUCUGCGUAUGAGCGAAUGCGAUUCGCCGCAGGUCAGGGAUACGAUUCUGAAUUACAGUGGGAUCAUCUGGAAGAUUUUUAUUUUCCUCCGGAAAUACACGAAUUAUAAUAAUGAGCUUGGCUGAUUUUCGUUGCUAAACAAAUGGAAAAUGAAUGAUGUAGGGAAUAAAGUUUUAUGCUUUGUACCCUUUACGCGGGCUUAAUCUUCAUGAAAAGCACAGGUCCAUCGGCUUUAAAACAUGAGUUGUAGUGUAUUUCCAAUGAGAGGGAACAGAUGGAUAAAUGGAAUACUAUUCCAACAAAAAAUGGAGAGUUUCAGUGUCGUGCGAGUUUGUUGAAUGAACGUAAAAUGAACUUACAAAGUCAUAUCAAGUUUAAAGUCCCCUCCCCCCCCCCACACGACAUAUGAUUUCCUUUUUAAAUGGCGUACCAAUAGCGAAAUUUUCAAUUGAGUGUCCAAUUUAACCCUGCAAUGCAUUUGUUUUUAUGACGCACUGUGAUCAGAGAACAUAGGCAUGAAAAUGUUGCAAGAUUUUAAUUUUUUUCCGAUUCAAUGUAUAGUCAAAAUAAGCUCCCGCAGAGAAAAAAAAGUCCUGUAAAAACACGCUGUUAAAUAUUUAUACCUCUAGUCAAAUUAAUUUGAAUUCUCAUCGACCAUUUUAUUAUGGACUGCUGGGAUAACUUUCGUUUUGAGUUCGCAACACUCAAAAAAUGCGCUUUUAAAGGAAAUGAAUUGGGGCUUGAAUGGAGCAAAACAAAUUAGCCCUUGGCAGUGUUGAACGCGGUGAAACAUAAGUUACUUAACCGCGUUCAAAUGAUCCUACUCGUGUAAUUUUCCGAGAAUGACGGGAAAACAAGUCGUGAUUUAAAAAACUGCUCUAAUGUGAUGGUACAUUUUGUACAUAAAUAUAAUUUAUUUAGAGAAAAUUGCUCUUAAAAUAAAUGACGCCCGAGUAUGUACA